AUGAUAUUCUCAGCUUUUCCAAGAAUACCGUGCACAAGUCGCCGGCGUCGAAAAGCAAGGAUGUUCAGCUUUCUCGUUAUAUUUCUCGUCACCCUUCUGCUCAUAUUGCCCUUCUACUGCAUCUACAAGCCUCCGUCCAUCAUAUUCAGCUACCUUGAGAGGCGCUUUCCAGAUGUACUCUUCAGAGUGUCUACAAAUGGACAGAAGCUUGUCGCAUUGACUAUUGAUGACGCGCCAUCGAUUCAAACGUUAGCUGUACUCAAGCUCCUGCAGCAACACAAUGCUUCUGCAACCUUCUUUAUCAUUGGCAGCCAAGUCCCAGGCAAUGAAGACCUCUUGCGGCAAGUUAUCAGUACUGGCAAUGAGCUUGGUAAUCAUGCUAUGAAUGAUGAGCCUUCACGAGAUCUCUCAGAUGCAGUCUUGACUCAACAGCUCAAAGCUGUGGACAAACAAAUUAGCGACGUCUACCAAUCGGCCAAGCUGGAGAGACCUCCCACACGCUAUUUUCGCCCUGGCUCUGGUUUCUUUUCAACGCGUAUGCUGGCAGUGACGCGCUCACUCAACCUCAAACUCGUUCUUGGCAACGUUUACCCGCAUGAUCCGCAAAUUGCAUUUCCUCGCAUCAAUGCACGCCACAUACUGAGCAUGGUGAAGCCGGGCAGCAUCAUCAUUUGCCACGAUCGUCGAAGUUGGACGGCACCCAUGCUAGCUAGAGUAUUGCCAGCAUUGACACAACGCGGCUAUAAAGUAGUCACGCUCAGCAAAUUGCUCGAAGCUCAAGAAACAUGA